ACUCAGCACACCAUGGUGGCUCUGCAUGGCCCAACACUUUAUUUCUCAACAGCACUGUGCUGCAUACUUUUUCAUGGAAUUGCAGCUUUGUGUGGCCCAGGACAGAAACGUAUACGUGGCUCGGGGCACUGUGAGCGCUGUCCUGAAGGGAGGUUCCAGGAAAAGAACGCUGAUGUGGAUGUCUGUCAAUCCUGUUUAGAAUGUGAAGUGCAAAAAUGGAGCAUUCAAAUUAAGGCAUGUACAUCGGUUUCUAAUACACAGUGUAAAUGCACUGAAGGGUUUCAAUGUUCAGGGCCAGAGUGUGAGGAAUGCUACUGUGACAUGGGCAGUGGCCAGGAGAAUAAUGCAUGCCAGCCCUGUCCAGAUGGAUAUUAUACAAACAACCUGAACAUGAAAUGUAAAAAAUGGACCAACUGUUCAGAACUUGGGGUGAAAACAAAUGGGUCCAGAACUAGUGAUGUGGUCUGCCAUGAGGCUUCUCGUACCAUUAUACCAGCGAGAACUGCCUCAACAACCAGGGCUACAACCCCAGCAGUGACUACAGCAGCACAAUUCUCCAUUCAUACUGUUGUUACCAGAGCAACCACUACACAUAUGCCUCCAGAUGACUCAAAUGUUCUGUUUGUUGGUUUAGUUAUAGUCGGCAUGUUUCUGGUGUUUGCCCCAGUUGUUGCAUUUUCCAGACUGGUCAGGCCUUUCAUUAUCAAUAGGAAUAAACCUAUGGAAAAGACGGCACGAGACAACAGCUGCCGGAUCCCAAUUCAGGAGGAAGAUGAGAAAAGCAAUUCUACAAUAGUUAAAAACUAAUCCUCGGAAAAAUAAGAUGUCGGUUUUUUUUUUGGUUUUUUUUCUUCGCUUUUCUUUUGAUACCAAAUGUUUAACCUCAGGCUUGCGGUUAAACUUUAACAUGUGCAUUUUGCUAUUGCAAAAAACAAACAAACAAACAAAAAAAAACUUAACAUUUGUAAUACAAAUAUUAAAUGAUUGUAUCUUGCCAAAUUUGCGAUAGAUACAACUUGAAAACAAUAUAUGAGUUUGCUCAUAUGAAACUCCUUAAGUAGACCCUAUAAAACAGUAUAUAUAAUGGCUGCACACUCAACUUUGAGCAAGACUCUUCCUCUUGCUUUAUGACUUAUAUUCCUUGUUUUAAAGGCAUUGAAGGACAUUUGUGGACUUUGUGUAGGUCUCCUGGGAUUACAUUUUCUGAUUAAUACUGUGAAGUGGAUUUGUUUAUCUACAGCGAUGUACAGGAGAAGUCUAUCCAGAAGUCUAAAACAAACCUAACGAGCAAAUGAUUUAAAUCAAGCAAGAAAAUGUCUUUGGUGAGAUUCUGUUCUGUGAAUAGUGUGCAAUAUGUUUACUGUUCAAGGCCAUUUAUGUUAUGUACGAUAUAGAGCACAUUUAUGUACUAUCAGCGUUUCUGAUUAAUGCUAAGGGAAAGCUGGCAUAACUAAUCGCAUUGCGCAGAAACAGGUACAGAUUUCUAAAGUAAAACUGUAAGAAACGAAGUCAAGCAUACAAACCCCUGAACCACACAAUCAUUUCUAAAUGGGUACACUGAAGAAGGCGCUAGCCAAAACUUUUGUAGACUUGACUUAGUUUCUCAUACUUUUACCUCAAAGCUCUGUAUUUGCAGCCUUGUUCUUUCCAGCAAGGGAACCCAACAAUGUGAAUGAGGCUCACCUUGAAUAAGCAACCACACAGCCCUAUAGUGAAAGUGUAGUUCAGUUUUCACUGUAAAAAGACACAAAAUACAUGCAUUCGUAUCAUUAGCCAGCAAUGCGUAACUUCAAGCACCGAUAACACUUUAAUUAAGUGUCUCUAACUACACUCUAAUCCCAUUGUAAGUAUAAAUACAGAACCACAUGUGUAAAUAUAGUGUAAUUAUAAAAGCCACUGUCAACAUGUUAUAUUGAGUAAUUACAGAUGCUUUGUAACUAUGCAGUCCUAUGUGUAAUUACAGAUGCGGUUGCUUUGUAACUAUGCAGCCCUAUGUGUAAUUACAGAUGUUGCUGCUUUGUAAUUAUGCAGCCCUAUGUGUAAUUACAGAUGCUUCUACUUUGUAACUAUGCAGCCCUAUGUGUAAUUACUGUUAUUAAAGUAUAAUUACUGUGUAGUUCCAACUCUUAAAGAAACUAAUAUUACUUAAAGUAAAGGCAUUUUGUAAAAAAAAAAAAAAGUGAGGAUUUUGUUUUUCAAUCAGCUUUUAAAAAUAAAUGUGUUAGUAUUUACUAGUAUUGCUAAAAUCAUAUUACUUAUGACUUAUUUCUAAAGUUGUAUUGCUCACAUUUGUGGAGCACUUUUCGCAGUGUAAUGUUCUAUAUUACAAUCUUUUUUCUGAUGCAUCUACAGCACGUGUUAGAAUGCUUUCAGUUGGGGUGUUUUUAGCAUGGGGUUUUGACUUCCAUACUCCUCACUCUAAAAUGUUGAACCCAACAGUAAUGUAAUGUUUAUAUAUUACCUUUUGAGUAUUUAUAAAUCACGCAUCAAAUAAAUAAAUAUAUACAACAUAAUUUA